AUGGCGGUGGCUGAUCUUGAGGAGGGUGUUCCCGACUCCACGUCGAUGGAUGUCUGUCGGAAAGAGAGAAUCGACGUCCACGACCACGGUUGCCUCCGCCAUGUCCCCUGUUACCACCAUGAUGAGAGAAAGAAUUCGGAUUACGGUGUCAUGUUAUUCUUUAGGAACCUGGAAAUUGGCUCUCUGGAUAUUAGUGAUUAUCUAGCAAUUGGUGCAAUAUUUGCUGCAACAGAUUCUGUUUGCACAUUGCAGGCAUGCUUUUGCAACUUUGCAUUUGUUGCUGAGACUUUUAUCUUCCUCUAUUUUGGUAUGGAUGCCUUGGACAUUGAAAAGUGGAGUCCCGGGACUUCAGUUGCAAAAUCUCGGAAUGAACAUUUCACCUUCAGGGAACAAGUGAUAAUAUGGUGGGCUGGACUCAUGAGGGGUGCUGUGUAUAUGGCCCUUGCUUAUAAUAAGUCUAGCAGUGCUGCAUCGUCUGGUCCUAAUACUUUAAGGACGGUGAUUGUACCACUCAUCGGGCAUCAACAGGACUCCGAAGCUGAUUUGGGUGAUGACCUACUAGUCUACGAAUGCUUUUGA